GCUCCAACGACAACGCCCAGCGCCCACCGGCACCUCCUCUCCGCCCUCUCUAUAAGAACCCCGGCCCUCACCAAGCCAUGGCAUUCCCAGGCAGGCUCUCUGCUUUCCCGCGCCAGAACAAGAGGAUAGCUAGCCUGUGUCCGUGUGGUGUCCCCCCGGUCCUUGAUCCGUCCGGCAGCAUGACCAUGGCACCCGCAUGGCUCUCCGUUUCCCGCGCCCUCUCCCUCGACCGCGCCCCCACGAGCUGCUUCCGCCCUGAACAACCAGCUCGCCCUGUGGUUCCUGCCGUGCUCCGGCGGCCAGGGACCGUCGUCGUCGUUUCUGUCGCGGCGGCGAGGAGGAGGAGGCCGGUCGUCGCGGCGGCCGCGGCCGCGACGACGGCCCCUGCUGCGAGCGGGGAGGAGCGGGGGAAGCCAUCGUUCGUUGAGGAGAUGCGGGCGGUGGCCAUGCGGCUGCACAGCAGGGACCAGUCCAUGCACGGGGAGAAGGAGGUGCCCCUGGAGCCGCCCGUCGCCACGUGGGACCCCACCGUCGAGGGGUUCCUCCGCUUCCUCGUCGACAACAAACUCGUCUUCGAGACGCUCGAGGCCAUCGUCGGCCGCGCCGCCGUCCCCUGGUAUGCUGAGUUCCGGAACACCGGGCUGGAGAGGUCAGAGGCUCUCGAGAAGGAUUUGGAAUGGUUCAGGCAGCAGGGUCAUACCAUUACUGAGCCAUCUGCUGCUGGCAUUGCAUACGCCUCCUUCCUUGAAGAGCUGUCCGAGAAGGAGCCCCCGGCAUUUACAACUCACUUCUAUAAUUUUUACUUUGGCCAUUCUGCUGGGGGCGUAAUCAUCGGCAAAAAGAUUGCUGAGAAGAUCAAUCUCCACAAGGAGCUGGAGUUCUACCAGUGGGAGGGUAAUCUGUCGCAACUGCAGCAGAAUGUCCGUGACAAGCUUAACCAAGUCGCAUGCGGUUGGUCUCGGGAGGAGAGGGACAGAUGCCUGGAUGAGAUGGAGAAAUCAUUUAUCUGCUCAGUAGAUCUCCGCCGCCACAUGUUUACCUGACUAUGAUCCUUGUAUGAUGCAACCUAAGCGUUGCCCAUUCUAUAAAUAAACAAAUGUCUGCUAGACUCUUAUCA